AUGAUGAACAGGGGCAUACGUGAAGAAGACUGGCAGGGCAGAAGAAGAUGGUUGGCGGAGGCGAAGGGACACACUGGACAUAUAACACAAUUUAGAAGCUGCCUUCGGGUAACUAGUGACCAGGAGUUAGUAACUAGUUGGGGCAAACACCACUGA